CUUUGUGUACACACUGUCAAAAUAGCCGCAGCCAACUUCAAGUCGAUUAUGACUAGUAGAAAUCUGUUUGUGUUGCCGACAAAAUAAAAAUCAUUUUAGUCUGAAAAUAUAGUAGCUACGCAAAAUGGGCCAAAAUCAAUCGGCACAAGGAGGAGCUGGGGACAAGAAAGAUGACAAAGACAAAAAGAAGAAAUAUGAGCCACCAAUUCCCACUCGCGUAGGCAAAAAGAAGCGUCGCGCAAAGGGUCCAGAUGCUGCCAUGAAGUUGCCCCAAGUGACGCCCCACACUCGCUGUCGACUUAAGCUGUUGAAAUUGGAGCGCAUUAAGGAUUACCUGAUGAUGGAGGAUGAGUUCAUUCGCAAUCAAGAGCGUUUGAAGCCUCAGGACGAGAAGAACGAGGAGGAACGUUCCAAGGUUGAUGAUCUACGUGGCACACCAAUGUCUGUGGGUAAUCUGGAGGAGAUUAUCGACGACAAUCAUGCCAUUGUAUCUACUUCGGUUGGUUCCGAGCACUACGUCAGCAUUUUGUCCUUUGUCGACAAGGAUCAACUGGAGCCUGGUUGCUCUGUUCUCUUGAACCACAAGGUACAUGCUGUAGUUGGUGUGCUUAGCGACGAUACCGAUCCCAUGGUCACUGUGAUGAAGCUGGAGAAGGCGCCACAAGAAACCUAUGCGGAUAUUGGCGGUUUGGAUACGCAAAUUCAGGAAAUCAAAGAGUCUGUUGAAUUGCCGCUAACGCAUCCCGAAUACUACGAGGAAAUGGGGAUUAAACCGCCAAAGGGAGUCAUUCUUUACGGUCCUCCUGGCACCGGUAAGACCCUCCUCGCCAAGGCCGUCGCCAAUCAAACCUCAGCCACUUUCUUGCGUGUUGUGGGUUCCGAGCUUAUACAAAAGUACUUGGGCGAUGGUCCCAAGCUUGUGCGAGAGCUAUUCCGUGUUGCCGAGGAACAUGCUCCUUCCAUUGUGUUUAUCGAUGAAAUUGACGCUGUGGGCACAAAGCGUUACGACUCCAACUCUGGCGGAGAGCGAGAAAUUCAGCGUACAAUGUUGGAGUUGCUCAAUCAGCUGGACGGUUUCGAUUCUCGUGGAGACGUUAAAGUUAUCAUGGCCACCAAUCGUAUUGAAACGCUCGAUCCCGCGCUUAUACGUCCUGGUCGUAUUGAUCGUAAGAUCGAGUUUCCACUCCCCGAUGAGAAGACCAAGCGUCGCAUUUUUACCAUACACACUUCCCGCAUGACCCUGGCUGAGGAUGUGAAUCUAAGUGAACUGAUCAUGGCUAAGGAUGAUCUGUCUGGAGCUGACAUUAAGGCGAUCUGCACAGAGGCUGGGUUGAUGGCACUGCGCGAACGUCGCAUGAAGGUCACCAACGAGGACUUUAAGAAAUCCAAGGAAAGCGUUUUGUACCGGAAGAAGGAAGGCACGCCCGAGGGAUUGUAUUUAUAAGUCAAUAUUCAUAUUUUCAGUUAUAAUAUAUAAUUCCUAAUCACAAACACA